AUGAGUAGUGGGCCAAUAAGGAGAAAAAUUGUUAUAGUUGGAGAUGGUGCAUGUGGUAAAACAUCUUUAUUAUACGUAUUCACGUUAGGUGAAUUCCCAACAGAGUAUCAUCCAACAGUGUUUGAGAAUUAUGUUACUGAUUGUAGAAUUGAUGGUAAAGCUGUACAAUUGGCUUUAUGGGAUACUGCCGGACAGGAAGAAUACGAAAGAUUAAGACCUUUAAGUUAUGCCAAUUCCCAUGUAUUAUUGAUAGGUUUUGCAAUAGAUCAACCUGAUUCUUUAGAUAGUGCAAAGACAAAAUGGGUUCAAGAAGUCCGGACUUAUUGUCCUAAUACUCCUUACCUAUUGAUCGGUUUGAAGAAAGAUUUAAGGAAGAAUGAACUAUCAAAAAAGUUUGUUCAAGUGGCUCAAGGUGAACAAGCAGCUGAUCAAAUUCAAGCUGAUAAAUACUUAGAAAGCUCUGCUUUAACAGGGGAAGGUGUAGACGAUAUUUUUGAAUUUGCAACCAGGUUGAGUUUAUUGGUUAAUGAAAAACCAAAAGAUUCGUGUUGUGUAAUUUUAUAG